AUAAAUAACCAAUUUUCAUUUCGCUUAUAGACAAAGAAUUGACCAGUGUAUUGUUAGGUCGGCUUGAAGAACGUAAUACUAGAAAUACCAAAGCAAUGAAUCGAGGUUUACAAGAAAGAACUGCAUUUACCGUGUACGCUACAAAGCCGAUUGAACAUCUUGGAGUUGGUCAGCCAAUCAAAUUUGAUAAAAUAUUGACCAAUGUAGGAGAUGAUUAUAACAUACACACGGGCAUAUUCACCGUACCGGUAGACGGCAUUUACGCAUUUUCAUUCUACAUAGCUGAAUAUCAGGUCCAUGAAUUCUACGCCUCGUUAGUAGUAGAUGGUGACAGGACAGUUCAAGGAAUAGCUGAUGCGUUAUCAGGCGACCAAGAUAUUCAGGGUGGCAACUUUGCCAUUUUAAGCUUACGCGCUGGACAAACUGUAUCGCUCGAAAGUGACGUUAGCGACGGAUACAUAUGGGCUGCUAAAACACAGCGGUUCGAAUCAUUUUCUGGAUUUUUGUUGUAUUAAAGAAUAUUGAUAUUAAAAGCGUUA